AUGAAGUCAAUCGUCGCAGUGGCUAUCAGUUCCACUGCUGUAACGGUUACUGCCGUGCCAGAUCCACUUAUCACCCCACGGGCUGAACUUGCACCCCGGCAGACAUCAUCCGGAGAUGAUCCUGCGCUGCUUGGCUGGGUGGACGCGACGAAUGGACAAUGGUCUGAUCUCCGCUCUUGCGAUUACCCAGCCACCUACUCGACCUCUGGAUCGUACGCCCAAUGUUGCGCGCCAGGCAGUUCGGACUGCAUCUUCUGGUCAUCUUGUAGUGCUGCAACUCUCUUCUCACCACAGACAAGUUUAUUCUGCGACCAGGGAUAUUGUAACACUGCAGUCGUGGUGCCGACCGUUGGUGCUAGUGGGGGUGUAAGCUACCUGGGUUGUUGGGCGACAAGUCUAGGGCAGGAGCCAUUUACGCUAGUUAGAGACAUUGGAGACGGUACGUAUGGCAUGAGCUUGCGUGGUCCGGGGAGACGACGUGCUGAUGUUUUUGUAGCUGAUAUUGCGCCGUCUUUGUCGACUGUGUCUAGCGAGGACAGCACCGCGAGUGCCUCACCUGAUUCUACCACCACCUCUAGAUCUACCUCUGAAACGUUGACCAAUGUGGCUGGGUCGUCUACCAGUGCCACUCCGACGACAGGUGCUGCUGCGGUUGCUAUGUCGGGGUCAUUUGCUGGUAUGAUUGGCUUGCUCGCGAUGCUGUUCAGUAUGGUUUGA